AACAACAACAACAAUUAUAUCAUCAACGACAACAACAACAAAAACAACUACAUCAUCAACAAUAAUAACAAGAAAAACAAUAACAACAACAAAAACGACAUCAUCAAUGACAGGAAUAACAACAAAAACAAGAUAACGACAACAAAACCAACAACAACAAUGACAACAAAAACAACAAUGACAAAAACAGCAAAAACAAUAACGAUAACGAUAACAAAAACAUCAACAACAACAACAACAACAGCAACAACAACAGUUCGA